AAGGCUACAGUACCUUUGGUAUAUUUUGCUAAUCGAAUUACGGUCACCCUGAAAUAUUUGUACACAAUAAAAACCGGCUCGUUUUUUCGCUGAAAAAGAAUAGACCAUUUGACAUUCUGCAAAAUGAUCACCGACGUGCAAUUGGCCAUUUUCUCCAACGUCCUGGGCGUAUUUCUAUUCCUGCUGGUAGUUGCCUAUCAUUACAUCAAUGCCAAUACCGGAAAGCCCAGCGCCAAGGCAAAAUGAUCUUCGAUGUUUCCGCUAACGGACUAACUUGUAGUUGUACCAGGAUAAUGAUAAUGCUGCUUCAUUCGCAAAAUAAAUAGUUGUAUAAAUCUAA